AUGUUUCGUUUUUUAUUAUUCCAUUCUUUCUUUUAUUACCUUGUCAUUUCUUUGGCUAUCUUUUUCUUACUCUUUUUCUUUAUUUAUCAUUCCGUUCUUUCUUUUAUUACCCUGUUCUUUCUUUGUUUACUUUGUCGUACUCUGCUUAUUUAUUUAUUAUUCCGUUCGUUCUUUUAUUACCUUCUUUCUUUAGUUACCUUGUUCUUACUACGUUUUCUUUAUUUAUUAUUCUGUUCUUUCUUUUAUUACCUUUUCCUUUCAUCGUUUACCUUGUUCUUGCUCAUUAUCUUUCUUUUCCCUUUAUUACUUCAUUUGUUCUUUUAUUACCUUGUUUCCUGUUUGCUUACCUUGUUCGUAAUCCCACCAUCUUUCUCCUCAAAGUUUUCUUUCCAAAGUAAUCCUGUUCCCAUUCACCAAUUUUCUCUUCCAUUUCGGCAUUUACUCCCCUUCUUGUGUGCUUUUCUUAUUAUUCAUUCAUUCUUUCUUUCAUUCAUUCUAAUCAAAGGCUCCUUAGUUCCAUCUAUCCCACUAUUUUCUUUUUUUUGUCUUGCCUUUCUUUCGUCGAACAGGGACAUUUUUUUACAGUCAAUAGAGCUUCUUUUAUUCCACGGACUUUAUUCAAACGAUAUAUUUUAUUAA